GGUGAACCACAGUAUUACUUAGAAGACAACAUAUCAUUUAAAACCCAAACAGUCGUUGCUUCUUGUCUUGUGCUGAAUGUUUCCUGUCAGCUUGAUGUGGUUAACCAGUUUUCUUCACGAGAUUCAACGUGCUGUGUUGCUGUCUGCCACAAGCCAGUGUCAUCUUGAUUGCAGGUAAGGUUUUGUCAUGGAACCUGUACUUCUGCAAAUACACACACAUGUGAGGUGCAACGCAAUAAAAAGGGACUCUGAGUGGAGCAGACACACACAGACAACUCAGCCGGACCUGCAAGCACGCCUGAGAGACACCAGACGACAGACAACAUGGUGAUGAUGAAGAACUCCGUAAUCAUGGCGACCUGCCUCCUGCUUCUCUCAUCCCUCGCUCUUCAGACUUAUGCCAAUUCCUUCGGCCCGGACGAAUGCUGCUUCAAGUUCUUUCCGAAACGGCUGCAAAAGUCAGCGGUGGCGAACUUCAGAUACACGGACUCUCUUUGUCCCAUGGAGGGUGUGCUUUUUUUGAUGAAGGGUGGCAGAGAGGUCUGUGUCGACGCAACUCAGCAGUGGGUGAAGAAAAUCAUCAAGACCAAGGAGAUUAACCAGGCCAAAGGAGCGACCAACUCCACCACCACACCGUCCCAGUAACCCUCAAACGACCUCUCAAUGUUCACUGAGCCAAGUCAAAGUGCUGGUGGAAAUAUUUAUCUCAAGCUCUCUCUGCCUGUACACUGACAAUCCUAUUAUUAUCUAUAUCUAUAUAUUUUUCAAUAAAUGCAAAAAUUCCUGAGA